UACCGAGAUGGAGGAGCAGCGUGGCCGGGGUUCAGCUGUGCGCGUGGGUGCUUGGAAUUGCCGCGAGCUCGGGGCAGUCGAGGGCGACCUGAUGGCGCGCGACACGAAAGACCAGCACCAGCCAAGGCGACGGUGGAUAUCGCCCAGAUGUGGGCCCCUCAGCCUUAUCGCCCUGGGUAUGAGCGGCGCCUCGAGCAAACCCUCCCUGGUGGAGAAGACCCGUGAGCGGCGCGUGCAGGCCGUCCGCGAGUGUGAGGGCGCCGUGCAGGUGGCGUGCGGUGGACAUGCCAAUUGGGAGUGGCCCUGCAGCUGCGACGGGUGGGCGCGCCGCGCGACCAGGAGGAUGGUCGAGGGCCCGAGGGUGGUCGCGGCGAAGAACGCGGGAUGCAUUCUGGGGGCGAGGGCGCCAGACGGGAGUAUCGCGAAGGAGGAGUGGCUGAAGGCCGCGACGUCGGCCCGAGUGGCGGCGCGCCUCGAGGUCGAGUGCCCGGAUGGCCACGAGCGCAAGCACCUCCGAGGUGGCAGUGCGACGGCAACCAGUGCAUUCUACCUGGCAGAGAUGGCGCGUCGAGCCGCGGGGGCGAUGCUGGAGGGCGACAGCGCCGAGAUCCACAGAUAG